AAAACUGUAAAUGUCACUCGCAGCAGCGCCGCUUCUGCCCUUCAACGCUGGAGUUAUUCCUCACAUGCUAAGUUUAAUCGUGUCAGAGCCUGUACAGAUCUUUAAUGCAGCUCUAGGACUUAUCACGUCUGUUUCUGUUCGGUGUUUUUAAACGCGCUCGGUGUAAUUGCGGUAAUGGAGUGUCGUGUGUUGUCCAUUCAGAGUCAUGUUGUCAGGGGAUACGUUGGGAACAAGUCGGCAACAUUUCCUUUGCAGGUGCUGGGCUUUGAAGUGGACUCCAUCAACUCUGUGCAGUUCUCCAAUCACACAGGCUACGCCCAUUGGAAAGGACAAGUACUGACAGCAGAGGAGCUAAAUGUGCUAUAUGAGGGCAUUAAACUCAAUAAGGUGAACCACUAUGACUACAUCCUCACAGGCUACAGCAGGGACACGUCUUUCCUGGAGAUGGUGGUUGACAUCAUUCAGGAGCUGAAGAAGGCCAAUCCCAGCCUGAUAUAUGUUUGUGAUCCUGUUAUGGGAGACCAGGGUGCUAUGUACGUUCCAGAGGACCUGCUGCCUGUCUACAGGGACAAAGUUGUGCCUUUGGCUGACAUCCUCACCCCCAACCAGUUUGAAGCAGAGAUAUUAACCGGGAGGAAAAUUAACACAGAGGAAGAUGCUUUUACGGUGAUGGACUUGCUUCAUAAAAUGGGUCCGGAGACCGUGGUCCUCACUAGUACAGACCUGCCAUCGAAACAUGGGGACCAGUUUCUAGUGGCCCUUGGGAGCCAAAAAAUAGUGAAACCAGAUGGGACCAAUACCAGUCAGAAAAUCUGCAUGGACAUUCCCAAAGUGGAUGCUGUGUUUGUGGGGACAGGAGACCUGUUUGCUGCCAUGUUGCUAGCCUGGACUCACCAUCACCCCAAAGACCUGAAGGCUGCCUGUGAAAAGACUGUUUCCGUCAUGCAUCAUGUCAUUAAGAGGACCAUUACUUACGCCAAUGAGAUGGCCGGUCCUGGGAAAAGGCCAAGUGCUGCACAACUGGAGCUGAGGAUGGUUCAGAGCAAAGCCGACAUCGAGAAUCCUGCCAUUGUAGUGGAAGCUAAGGUUUUACAGAGGUCUUCUUGCUGAAGACAGUGACGUUUUUGUGAACAUUCACAUCGUGCUGGUACAAAUCAGCUUCAAAUCUGGGCCGUCCGCCAGACACAUGUAGGAUUGUCACAUCAAAGACUGUCGCGUGUCUCUGCCUUACAGAAUCUCUGAGAGGGGGUCAGCAGGAUUUGUUGUAUGUACAUUCUGCUCUCAAACACACUGGAAUCACUGCCACAUGUGUCUGUACUACGGCCUGUGUAGACAUCCUCUGAUCUUCAACAGAAAAAAGGACAUUAGCCAACUAUGUUUAGGUUCACAGAUAGUGUAAGUGUACUUUAAUCCUCCAUAACAUGGUGAAAAUGAUUUCUUGCUCUAAAACAACUCAUUUCAAUCAAGCUGAAAAGAAAAUACACACAACCAGUGAUGCAUGCAUGACCAUGCCUCUACUUGUUUAGGUUAUGAUAGUGCGUAAGGACUAGUCACAUGUACUUAAAGUGUGUUGCUCACAAGGCAUUAUAAGCACAUGAUUGUAUCUAUAAUAUGAUCAAAACGUGAUGUGUUAGGCCAGAAGUAGCACACAAUGCAAAAGCAAAGGGGCUAACAGCUUCUUGGUCAGAAUAUAUCUAAUAAUUUCUUAACAAUGAUGUCAAAUUCACAGCAUUUUAUCGCAUUAAGAGUUUUCUUAACUGAUAAUAAAAAGGUAUGAAUGCAUGCAGUGUGCUUAUAAUGUACUUGGGUGUUUUAUCUUACACUUCAAGUGUUACCACCUUAUACAUGCAUAGUGGAUGCAUUGUGAGUGCUGAGAUGUGCAUUGUAACUCCAACAAAAUGUCAAACAUCUUAUGCAAUUUAUAUGCAGUCUAUACAGAGUCAUUACCCCAAUUUGUUUCCCUUAGUUUUGCUUGAAACAAACUAACUUAAAUGAUAAUCCUGAUUAUAGCUGAUGUCUAAAAUUGUUCUUUUAAUCAAUUUCCAGAUAAUGUUUUCACCUCUUUCUUUAAUUAUGCAUUGCUUUCUUGAACUAGCAGAUGUGUAAUAAGUUAGAUCCAUGUCUUUAACAUCUCAAAUUGAGGUAUUUGCACAGAUAAUCUUUAAUAUAUUUACUAAUGAUCAUUGUUUUCAUUUUUAACUGUUGUCAUAUCUCAACAAAAGAGUCUGUAUGAGAGACCAUGCUGUACAAAAGCCUUAACAGGGUUAGGAAGAAAAACAUUGGUUGUGAAUGUUUUUGUGUACCAAUGUAAUAGUCGAUCCUCUCACAUACUGUUAGAAAGUCAAGUGCCAAACCUUGAGCUGCUGCUCUGAUGUAGAGCAAUAUAAGAACAGAAAUAAUAAAUAAUGAAUC